AGCGUUCACAACUCCACCGAUGCCGCCAUGUUGAUUAUGCCCGUCCUGCUCCUCCUGCUGCUCAAGCUCUGCGCAUGUCAGUCCGCGGGCGCCCAGGCGGCCGAGCUUUCCUUCCGGUCACUCCAGACAGAUGGACAGCUGACAGACGAUGACGCAGCUCUGUACUUCCCGCUAGAUGGCAGUAAAAAGAACAUUCGACGACCUUUGCCUUCGGACAGUCUGCCGAUAGAAGACCUGGUCGAAGAUCAAAACUCGAUUUACGAUCCUCGAGACGAGGACAUGAAUGUGAAAAUGUUACGCAAGCAACUGGGGAAAAACUACGACAAAAAGUACAUGUCUAUCUACAACCCGAAGAAGAGAAUGAAUACGGACACUCCUCUCAUCAGUUUUGUUCAGGGAAGGCCGAAGGGCAAGAGACCUCACUUCCUCAGGCGUCUGAGAACUGCACGUCUCCAGGACGGCCGAAAAAUAAAGUUGAACGCUAGCAAACGAGAUCGUAGGAAAUUCCAAAAGUAUAUGUGGAGUUUGACGUUUUGUCCCGUGAAACAUUCGUGGAAGUACCUCGGGAUUCGCUUCUGGCCUCAGUGGAUUAAAGAAGGUACGUGCACCAGCAAGAGGUCGUGUUCCGUGCCUGAAGGAAUGACGUGUAAACCCAGUGCCUCCACCAAUAAGACGUUCUUACGAUGGCAUUGUGCCGACUUUGAGGGGCGAGAGUCUUGCAAGUGGAUACCCAUUCUGUAUCCCAUCAUAACGGAGUGUUCGUGCUCUUGUUGACUUUGGUGAGAUUAUUCGGAAGAUUUUCUGUAAGUAUGGACCCUCAAGACAUCCAAAAAGUGCCCCCGAUCAUUGGUGAGCCCGAAGACAGAACUUCUCCUUCUGUAUUCUCGGUGUCUUCUGUGUUCUCGAUGACAGUCAGACAGUCAACAAUCCGGUGGUGCGCACAAACUGUGCAGUCUUCUCUAAAUCCUCGAAGCUGCCAUGCAGUUUUCUCUUCAAUGGUGUGGCAUAUUGCCAUGUCUGUUGCUCUUAAAGAAGCAAUACAGAGCGAAUAUGAUCAUUGAACCUGUUCUGUGUGCUUAGGUAAAAGGCGACAGAAAGGAGACAAGAAAUGCCACCUCACUCAUCAAACCAUCGAAUCUAUCAAAUAUCUGUCAACGGGUUGGCCUGAAAAUCAAUCUUGGCUUUGCUGCAGCCGACGACAAAUCAUUAAUGGGCACUUUUGGUGUAUAGUAUUGCUCUCCUCGCUGAGGAAAACAGUCGGGUUCUGUUGUAUUACUCUUCCUGCCUUGUUGGGAGUAUUCUGAUCGUGCAUUUAUCUCUGUGAUAUUCUUUAAGUGAAUGGCUUUUUAUGUAAUAUUCCACUGGUAUGUUACAUUUAUCUAUCAAUUCAAAAUAA